GCACAGUCGCCAUAGCGGGAGCUGCGUGAGAGCCGAGGCGCCCUUGGUCCGCAGGGACGCGCACCUGUCACCUGCAAUCAAGAACGCCCUUUCCCUAAGGAGGUCGGCAUGGCCGAGGCGCAGGGGCAGCUCGAGGCAGCUCUGGCCCCGGAUGCCGAAGAUGAAGCGCGGCAGAAAGGCGGGAAAGAGAACGGAGCAGUGGAGGAGGAUGAGAGGGGAGAGGAGGACACGGAGGAGCCCCCGGCCUCCACCUCCGCGGAGGACGAAGCUCCGCGCGUAACGCCUGAGGAGAAAGCCCGCGAAGAGGAAGGCGAGAGCCACGAGACGGGAGAAAGCAGCCUCAGCAGCCAGCAAAGCCGCGAAGAUGGAGAGGCGCCCCCCAGUCCUGAGGGAGAGGAGGGCGGGGAGGCAAGUCCGGCCGGACGCCCUGCAGAGCGGGACGAAACGCGGGCGGCUGCGGGCGCCGCCGGCGAGGAAAAGACUGAGGGGGGCCGAGACGCUGGGGAGGCAGCAGUUCCCGCGGCGUCGCCACAAGAAGAGGGGGAGCCGGGCGAGAGUCGGGGGGCGAGUGAAGAGGAGCCAGUGGACGGAGAAAGGAAUCCUGAAGGAGAGGAGCCCCCACAAGAGGCGGAGCCAGGCGAGAGUCGGGGGGCGCCAGUGAACGAGGAAAGGAGUCCUGAAGGAGAAGCGUCGCCGGAACAAGAGGGGGAGCAGCCGGGGGAGACUCGGGGGGCGAGCGAAGAGAAGCCGGUCGACGGAGAAGAGACCCGCGAAGGAGAGGAGCCCGCACAACAAGAAGGGGAGUCACUCCACACCAGGGGGCCGAGUGAAGAGGGGCCGGUCGAGGGGAGCUCUGAAGGAGAGGAGCCCCCACAACAAGAGGGGGAGCCGGGCCAGAGUCGGGGCGCGAGUGAGGAGCAGCCGGUGGUCGGAGAGGGAGGGGAGUCUGUGACAGGAGAGAGCGAGCAGGAAGAGGAAAAGCGCGGCGGAGAUGCAAGAGAAGAGACGAGCGAAGAAGCGCGCGAAAAAGAAAAGCUCGACGGAGAGGCUGAGGCGGCUGAGGCCGAGUUGGGAGAGCAGCGGGAACCUCCGGAGGCUCCCGCGGGAGAAGAAGAGACUGUGAGGGAAGAGAGGGAAGCCCCAAGCGGAGAAAUUCCCGCUGAGGGGGAACUGGAUGCUGGAGGAGGAGAAGCGCCCGAGGAAACCCCGGCAGAUGAAGAAGAAGAAGAUGCGCGCGCGGAGGAAAGCGAAGCCCCGGGAAACCUCGAGGCGGGCGCCCAGGAGGAGGAGGAGGAGGCUCCCCCGGCCUCGGGAGCGGCGGAGCCGGCGCGAGAGGAUGCUGAUGAACGCACCAACCACCUGCAGGACGAUUCCGCGGAGGGAGCCGUCGAAGGGGCCGCGGAGGCCGGGGAUGCGCUGGGGGUGAAUGGCAUGCAGGGAAAGGAGGAGGAGGAGGAGGAGGAAGCGGCGGCAGAAGAGCAGACCCCACUCGCCGCGCCGGUGGAAGAGGCGCAAGAGCAUGACAUCUCCCUCUUCGUAAAGGUAAGGGCACAUUCGCCUGGAAAGCGAGCUGGUUGUGAGGCGAAGUGCGCUUAGAGGCAGGAUCGCCACCUGAAUAGGGGUAGUUAAGGCAGGAUUUCCAAUAGUUGCUUUGAAAUGCAGUCCAAGACUUUGCGCACAAAUCGACAGCUUUGGGCUUCGCACCUGCUGUUCCCUAGCUCCCUCUCAUGCUGGUGGGCAUGGCUUAGAAUCCCACUACACAUGCACUGGAAAAUUUACCCUUGCGAGUGCAACAGGGUGAUUUACAGUAAGUUAAAUCAUCAUUUCUGAAGUGAUCCGGAGUAUUGCUUCCAUCGCUCCUCCUGAUCAAGAAGAGAGAAAGCAAACAUUUUGGAACGAUUUCUCUCCGAGCUUGGCAGAGCUCUGAAUCUUCCUAAGAGCGCUCACAAACUUUCCCGCCAACAGAAAUUACCUUUAAAAGCCUAUGUGUUUCCCAGAGGUUGCCACUACAUAUGGUAAAUUGCCUCAACAUAUUGUAUACAAGAUUUCAUUGCAGAUAUAAGCUACAUAGAUCCUCUGGCUAUUAUAAAGUACAUUGGCUAAGCUAGUGCUGUUUAAAUCAGCCAGAUGAAAAUCCAGUUUUACUAAGAUGAUUUGGGUAUUAAAGUCAGAGAUAAAUCUACUUUUGACUUCACGAUUAAAUAGGGACAUGCUAUGAAGCUGCAUCAUGCUCAAAAAAGUAAUGCUUUCCUUACAAAUUGUAGAAUUGACAAAUGAUAUGUAUCACACUGCCAGCAAGAAGUAGAAGAGUACAGUAAUAAGAUACAUUACACAUACUUUGAACUUUCCUCACCUCACUCUGAAUGUGUUGGGGGUUUUUUAAGUGAAAAGGCAUUCAGGUUUGGGGUAUACCAUUUGUGUACUGAACUUUAUGGCUUUUGCUGAUACUGUAGUUAUAGUAUCUAAGUUCCUUGCAUUUUCUAAAGUUAGGACAAGCACAUCUUUUUUGAAGUACAAUGGGGUAUACUUUCAGAAGCUGUUGAGACAUAUAUAUGUAUGUAUGUAUGUAUGUAUGACAUAUGUAUGGGGAAAUCAAAUCAUGAGUAAUAAGAUCCACUACAGACAACUGAAAAAUCACACAUUGCAUUCAUUUAUUUACCCACAAAUCCCCCCAAGUUCUGGGGCCUGUACAUGCAUGACAACUUGAAAGUUUAGUUAUCCUGGUAUGGACAGUGCAGAAGUUGCAAACAAAACAAGUCAAGUUUAGAGCUUGCCAUGUUACAUCUUAGAGCCAUACAAAGCAUUCAAGUGACUGAAAAAGCAUGCAGAUUUCUGGUUAUGAUUGUGUAAACUAUUUAUUUCAUUUUAAAACCACCCUUCAUCAAUUAAGAUCCCAGGCUUGUUUACAAUAUAUCUAAUUAAAACAACAAAAUUGAAUAUAGCAAAACCAAAACAUUAAUAAACACUAAAAUAAAACCCAGGGUCUGUACAUUAAUUUAGUGCAAUAAUGAUGGGUUUUACAAUAUAAUUGUAAUUUACAAUUUGUAAGAUCUGUCUGUUUCUUUUUCUUCCUCCAAUGUGACAUAUGGGGUAGCGCUAUACAUUAAAUCCAUAUUCAAGGGGCAAUAAAGCAAAUACAGUGGUACCUCGGGUUACAGACGCUUCAGGUUACAGACUCUGCUAACCCAGAAAUAGUACCUCGGGUUAAUAACUUUGCUUCAGGAUGAGAACAGAAAUUGUGUGGCGGAGCGGCAGCGGGAGGCCCCAUUAGCUAAAGUGGUGUCUCAGGUUAAGAACAGUUUCAGGUUAAGAACGGACCUCCAGAACGAAUUAAGUUCUUAACCCGAGGUACCACUGUAAAUGGCUAGAGCAGAGAAAUUAAAGCAGUGAAACUGUGGGGAUAGGUGUGCCUAACUCUUUCCUCACCCACUGCUUCUCUGCUCAAUAUUAUUCCCCGCCCCCACAAUUUCCCAAGAGAGGGUUUCCUUAUGUAUGUAACCUAUCAUUAGGCCUUUAAGGUUUUCAGCAAAAUUCAAAUGAGUGGUGCAGGGCCAACUCAGGUAUAAGAUGCAGGGAGGGAGCAGCUGCAAUAUUUUAUUAUUUGUUUAUUUGUUGAAAGUUGAAUAGUAGCAUCCUGCCUCAGAUGCAGUGGAUGGGGCUGUCCUAUUACCAGUGUGGCCAUAAGAUUCAACUGUCAGUCUGUUUGGCUACUGUACAUGGAAUAGCAGCUGGGGUGCUAUUUGUUCCACAUUUCAGGCGGCACAAUGUCUUGGCAGCCCUGUGGUGGUGCUUACUGUCAUCCCAGAUCUGGAAAAAGAUAGGCAUAAAAAGGAGGUUCAGGACUACAAAGGGAACCUUUUCCAGCUCAAAGGCCGCAUUCCUUUGUGGGAAAACCUAUGAGGGCUGGAUGCCAGUGAUGGGUAAGGUCCAGAAGCAAAAUUGGAUGGCGCUCUGGGGCAAAAGUGGGUGGAACAAUAGCUGCAUCUACUUUUGUAUAGUAAGCGGCAUUCCAGCAACACACAAGUCAGAUGUUUCUAUACACACUUCCCUCCAGGCCAGCAAAAGGCAUUACCACAGUCCAAGAAUUCCCUCCAGCUGCAGCCAGGCAAAAGCACUUGCAGAAGGUGUGGAGAAAGGCUGGGGAAGGAUGUAGCCUGGGGAGAGGGCCUAUGCAGCCUGAGAACUGAAAUCCAGAAAGACAGGUUUGGAGAGUUGCAAUUUGGCCGCUGGGCCUGAUGUUCGCCACCCCUGUUCCACAUUCUGCAUCCCUGAAAAUAUGGAUAAACUGCUUAUGAAAGGUUAAAAUAAACUGGCAGAUAUAUGCUUCUGCAGGGAAUCUUGUAAAUAUACACGCUCAUGCCAUUAAAGGAGACUGCAGUUAAUAGGAAAAUGUAUACAGAGUCACUCAGAGUUUAUACUUUAUUACGAAGAUUUGUUGAUCUGUGAGAGGAGUAACUUGCCUAAACUCAUGAGUGCCUGUUAAGCACUGGUACUGCUCGUCAUGAUUCUUUGGUCUAUUUUGGCUUUGGUUAUUUGCACUUGAUGUUCAGGUUUUUGGGUAGCAAUUCUUUUUAUGCAACCGUGUUCAGCAGAAAUAUUUAUGAGAAAAGAAUAAGAGUGCAAGAAAAAUCCAGCCACAACAUUAAAAAAAUGGGCCAAUUUCACUCUGCCUGCUUUAAUUUUUUUAGGUAUGGGUAUUUCCCAAAGAAGAAGAUAACCCAAUACCCUGUCCUUUAUACAGCUAUCCAAAUAAGUUUUAAAACUGGUGAAGUCCUUUGCCUCCACAAUUGCUCUAGUGAGAUUAUUGUUCUGGCCUCUUCAUCUAUGUAUCUAUCCAGUUCAGUUAAAACUCAUAUCCAGUCCAAACUUUCAUGUAAAUUGACCUCGAACUUUAUUAGCAAACAACUUAUAAAUGUAGAUGACCAAAUACUUUGCUUUAGAAGAAUGGUCAAACCCAAAUGAGAUAAAAGUAUGGCUCAGGUGAAAAGAUAAUGCAAGGUUAGGCCCUCAAGGCCAGAGGGAGGCUUUCCCUCUUCUCAGGAGAAUGUUCUAAACAGGAUUAUACACUGUAUUCCAAAUACUUGAUCUGUUUCUAACAGAUCAAUAUGAGAAAUUGUAAGCAAUUCUAAAUAUGGAGAUUAGGGGCCAAUAUAAUAAAAUUUCCUAUUGGGACUGAGCCAUUAUUUCAAUGUAUUACAAUGCUAAUAAUAGAAACUCUUUGAUUUUUCAGCCUAAGUUAAUUAAUCAUAGAAUUAAUGAGGUUCAUCUAGUCCAACUCCAUGCAGUGCAGGAAUCUUUUUGCCCAACUUGGAGCUUGAACCCACAAUCCUAAGAUGAAGUCUCAUGCUUUGCCAACUGAGCUAUACCACCAAGUCAUCUUUAGUGUGCCCACAGCCUUUUUAAACCUCUCUUUUAAACCAUAUAUAAUUUCCCUGGUUCUCCUCCUCUCUGGCGGAAAAUAGCUCUAUCAAACUGUUGUUUUUCAUUUUCAUCUGUUACAGCACUAGCAUUCGAUGUAAGUUUUUUAAAAAGUCAAUGCACUUGGUCUUUGUCUUAUUAAGCAAGUGUUUCCUUAAGUGAAAUGAGAAAGUCCCUUUGCUACUAAAGAAGUUCAGGGAAGUUCAGAUAAGCUUGCAUGCUUAUCCAUAGCAAAGCAGAUCCUCUGAGGUUUGCUUAAGGUAAAUGGAUUUUUUUUUUAAUGCAAAACCAGGACACUACUAUGGGAGCAGCAGAACAUUUGCUAAUGCUCUGAGAGCAGGGGAAACCCAUCUUCUCCAUUGUGAGACUGUGGCAACAGAGUGCAGUUGAUUUUAAGCCAUAGGGAUUGAGACGUAUACUUUGUCGGUUUGGGAAGAAGGUUGCUUGCAGCCUCUGUUUGUGGGGAAAUGGCAGGAACUCAUAAAUGACUCCUUUAACCAGAACUGAACUACAAUAAAAUGUUUCAAGUGGCAUACUCCAUUGGCAGUUUAGUGCUUUAUAUCUAUGGAAUUUAAUUUGCAAGCACCCUUCUCCUGCUUGCUUUAUUGAUGGAAUCACCAAUUUUUCUAGGUCAUUGGGCAUCUUUUUAAUUUUUGAAUGAGUGCUGUGGGCAUCCCCCUCCCCUGAAUCAGCCCCAACCUAAGAGAAAGAAAGCAUGUGUACAUAAACACCCCUUUUCCAAGUGAACUGGUUAACAGAUCCAGUAGAAUGAAUCUGAGCUUUUAAAAGCACAAAGAGCUGAAUGAUGAAGCGGGAAAGAGUGUCCCUGAUUCAACUUCCUGCUUCAGCUCUAUGUACUUUUCGAGGAAGAAAAGGGUAAUCACAUUCACCAUCACAUGAACAAAGGGGGCAGUGAGUGGGGGGGUCAGCCAGAGGCUUCAUAUGCAGCAUUGCUUUUGCUGGCACUACACUAAUGACCCCUGCUUGUCAUUUAUUAAGGAAGGGUUCAUACACGGUCACCAUCAGUGACUUGCACUGCAGCCCUAAUGAUAUCUACUCAGAUGCUUACUCCCAGAUAAGUAGAACUGGGAUUGCAUCCCUUGUUAUUUUAAAUGGAAGUUGAAUAAAAUGUAAAGAAAACUCAUCUGUUUGUGGAAGGGUCAUAGUAGUGGAGCACUUGUCCGACAGGAAAAAUGAUCUAGGUUCAGUCCAUGGCAUCUUCAGGUAGAGCUGGGGAAGCCCUGAGUCCAAAACCCUGGAGAGCUACAACCAGUCCGUGUAGCUGAUACUGAAAUGGAGGGACAAAUGGUCUCACUUGGUAUACAGACACAUUCAAUGUAUCCAGAUUACUAUGAAUUUACUUUGGAUCUUGGAAAAAUUAUGUUGAUCAUCAUAAUUUCUUAAAUUACUCAAAAGUAUUAUAUUUAGAACUUGGAAUGGAGUUCAUGAAUUUUUUGUGUGAAAAACAUAUCAAAAAAGAUUUCUUUAUUACUCAACUCAUCUUUUUUAGCAGCUUUUUAAAUAGAGAAGGCAGAAAACAUAUGGUUCUAUAAUGCAGCUUAGGAAAAGCUGGAAUUAUGAAUUCCUUUCAUAACUCUUCAAGUGACUGUGUUAUUAAGCCCCUGUGGCUGGUUCCUAUAGCUUGCUAACUUGCUUUAUUUAUUUAUUUAUUUGGUUGGUUGGUUGGUGUCCAGUGCUGCAACUGUUUGAGUGGAAAGACUUCUGCUCAUGUAAUAUGACUACCUCCUUCAUCACCUUCUCCUUGCAGCCUUCUGCACAUCUUCAAAAUCUGCUCUGUCCUUUCAGCUCCCUUGGUUGCCUUCAUGAUGCCGCACACUAUCACUUCUUCCAUCACAACAUUCCUUCCACUCUUCUUUCUGCCUAUGUCCUUUUUCCCAGGUCACUGGAACUGAACUUCCACUAUUGAUCCCAGGGGAGAGGGGCUACCAGCUCCACAGUAGCGAGUGGCCAGAGAGAUUUGGGGCGCAGGCGGGGGGGGGGAAGGUUGAGAGCAGUAGGCCAUCACUAUAGAACCAUGCAGCCCUAUUCCAGUCACUAAUGUCUGAUGAUCUGAGGGAAUCACACAGCUCUUGUUCUUAGAACCAAGUUAUUUUGAGUUGUGUUGUAGCAUGUGAAGGUUAUCUGAUUUUAGUGCUGAUAAUAAAAUCCCAUGAUGCGAUAAAGUACUGUAUACAUUUCCAUUUGCUAAUGUUUGUUUCUGUACUGAUGAAAGAGUGAAGAGAUUAUGUGCCAAUAGAUUACCAAAUGAUCAUUUCAGCUGCUAGUUAUGUAGCUUGUUUUUCGUAUGUGGUGCUCCUGGGAAUAAUAACUGCAACUCCAAUUCAAAGUCACAGUUGUUUCUUUCCAACAGAGCUUGGGUCCUGCCCUAUGACAGGUGCUACACAAGACAUUAGUGCUGCUGUACAGGAGGCUGCCUUCUGUUGUGACUUGACAUCCAAGAAACAGCCAAGAAUAUAGGCAGGAAGACUCUUAUGAAUGUGAGGACCCACCUCUAGACUAUAUUCAGUAACAAUGAAGAAGAGAGUUCCCCUAUGAAAAUACUUACAGAGGGUAAUAAUCUGAUAAAUGUCACUUGUACCAUGCCCACAAAUUUCAGCCAGUUAGUAGUUACUGUUUUCCUUCUAGAAAGAAAAAAAAUCACAUGUGGCAUAAAAUGCCCCAGAAAUGCAUUGAGUUUUGCCAUUUACUAUAUUUACUAUUUUUUUACUAUACCUGCCAAUGUUAGUGGAUUAGGAUUGUAACAACACCUCAUCAUUUUUUCAUAGGAGAAUGAUGAGGCAAUGAUAAAGAAACUGUAUGAAGCAUCAUUAGGUUGUUUUGGGGACAUCCAUAGAAUCAUAUAAUUAUAGUGUUAGAAGCGACCCAACCCCCUGCAAUGCAGGACUCUCAGCUGAAACAUCCAUGACAGAUGGCCACCCGACCUCUGCCUUAAAACUUCUAAUGAAGGAGAGCGCACCACCUUCCAACCCUGGUGGACCCUGCUGGGGCUCAUGAACACCAGGAAAAGGCCAAGUAUGUUAGGUUCUGACACCAACGCUGUGUGGUGGGGUACCUGUAAUGGUUCUGAGAAGAGAGGUGUUGGCAGUCUGCUAUAUUUGUGCUUGGCCUGGCUCUUUCUGCAAAGUGCUCAUUCUUUUCACCAUGACCAUUUCACCAUAGUUUUCAAGAGCACAGUUGACACCACUGUGCUAAGUGCAUGAGGGCGAAGAAGAAGAAGAAGAAGAAGAAGAAGAAGAAAAAGAAAGAGAGAGAGAGAGAGAGAGAGAGAGAGAGAUGCCCAUGCCAAGUGCUGUGUAAUUUAUAUGCUUAUGUAGGGGUGCUGCGGUUGAGUUCAGGGUUAAUUGGAUGCCAUGGCGGAAUGGAGUGGGAAAAGCAGGGCAGUAUGUUUGGCUCUCCAUUGAGUCCACCACUUUUGCUUGUAUAAUAUUGCAGAUAUUGCAGAAAUGUUGCAUGACAUGAAGUGUUGCUGUUCUGAGUUCAAGCCAACAAGCCAUGCCCUCCAGCAGGUCAUUCCCAGCCUGGCUAUGCAUUUUUCUUUUACAAAUCGACACACAACAUUCCACAGUUGUGGAAAAUUCCCAGUCCUCAUUUGGUUGUUUUUGGGUUUCCCUUAGAGCUUUUAAUAUUUUGUGGGAGUUUGUUGGGGGUACUUCUACAAACCCUGGAGUUUCCCAGAGCAUUCUAGAACAUUUUUGUUUCUCAGUAUCCCCAUUUUUUGGUUCCAUUUUUGUCAACACUCAACACCUUAGUUUGCCAUUAGAUUGAGUGAUGCUUGCAACAGCUUCUGGGAGAAAAUCUGAGGAAGAUUUGAAUUUCACAUAAGACAAGUCCUUCUGCUCUCCUGACAUGACUUCACCACCGCUCAUUUUCAGCCCCACUAACAGCAGUGGUGUUAAUCAAUGUUAUUCUGUGCUCUACUCUACUGCUGUUCUCAUUGGUUCCAGUUUCCAAACUUUUACCAAGGUUUUAAGUUUCUCAUGGCGAAAGGUGGUUACCCCCCACUUAUUCAAGCCCUUUAUUCACAAAAUGCACCCAAGGUAUUUUCCAUCUUUAACUUAAAAAUAAACAAAUCCUGCCCACAAAGGAGAGAACAAUUCUUUUCAUGUUUUAACUUCACCAUUUGGGCCCCAAACAGGAAUUAGGAUCAACGCUGCUAGAUUGCUUCCUUCUCCAUCUAAUCCCUGCCAAGCUUUCCCAAUGCCCUCUCAUGUUUUUAAAAGUAUUUGUUCAUGGUACGUUAUAGAUUUUUUAUUUUAAAUGUGUCUUCCAUUUAGAGGAGUGAGAAAUAUACGAAAUGUGAAGUAUCAUAUGUUAAACUAUAAAACAGGAUGUGUAAUUAAAGUACCAGUUAAUCUGUUUUUCCCAGCCCUAUAAUGUGUUCCAGAAUAUAAUGCUCUUUUGUUAAAAUAAUUCCCCUUAAGAAUUUAACAAGGCUAUAAAGUUCUCUCCCCUUCUUAUUGAUGUACAGUGUUCAGCUGGUCUCCUGCCAUGUUAUUAAAUACGGAUUAGAAAUAGCAUUGGCACCUUGAAACCAUAAUUCUUGCAAAAGGAUAAAUAGCAAAUAGAAUUUGAUUCGUUGCUUGUGUACUUCUGACUCAGUUUAAGGGGGAAAGUGCAGAACGAACUGGAUCUUUCAGCAGAAUUUACGAGGAAGAACAAUUCAGUUUUGAUCUGUGUAGGCUAAGAAUAUCACCCCUUUAAUCCAGUGACCUGUAAAGGAAUAUGCAAAGUAGCCAAAAGUGGCAUCAAACAACACACCAUUCCGUAUCAGGCUUUUGACGGUUUCUAAUUUUUUUAUUUUAUUUUUAUGGCUGAAAAUAUAAAAUACAGAUGAAACUAAUUCUGAAAAAAGUGCUGUGAGGUUUGUAGGAGAAAUAUACCUCUGUUUUCCAUUGGGUGUGUAUAUUUAGUUAGGGAUUAAGGCUAAUUGAGCCAUGGAGGGCUGAGGGGGAUUUUUACCUCACAAGCGGAAGGGGCAGAUACAGGUUAUAUUAGGGGCAUGUGGCUUAUGCAGUUCAAGAAAAGGAAGAGGAGUUUCUCUCCCCUGAUGCUCUUUUGCCACAGUUCUCAAACUGGGCCAUUCAAGGGCCUAUUAAUAAGGCAAAAAGUUCUGGUUUAUUUAAAUUUAAAUAAAAACCUGUGGAGUGGUCUAGCAGAUGAUAGAUAGAUAGAUAGAUAGAUAGAUACAUUGAUCGAUAGAGUGCAGGUUAUUUAUUUCAUUUGUAUACCACCUUUACAUUAAAAAGUGCUCAAGGUUGUUAACUUGACGACCAAAUAAAUCCUCAAUAGAAAAGAACAUUAUGAAUAACAAAAUAAACAAUAUUAACUAACAUCAGUGUUAAGUCUAAGGUAUGAGUUCCAGACAUACCCCUGAUACUUUUACAAAGGAUGCAUUAUGUUUCUCUCCACAGUGAAAGUUGCUUGUAAAAGUUAUACUACACAGCACAUUCUAGAUAUUACAGCACCACUAGGUGGCACACUUUUAUAAAAUCCAGGUGUUAGCUGGGUUUGCCUCCCUCAAUGAAGACACUAUUUUCAAGAAUGGCAAAGACUGAAGUUCUGUUUUACGACACAGAAAACUUUUGUGCACAAUACACAUGAAUCUAGCAGAUUUAAAUCCAGUUUACUUCAGUGGGGGGGGGGGAUUGAUUUUGCAUUUAAUUCUUCCAUUGAAACCGGUUAGAUGGAUGUGCUUAACUUUGGCUGGAUCGCUUUUUAAUAACACACUUUUAUAAAAGACCUAUCAAUGAUCCACUUAAACUCAUUACAGAAGUGAAUUCAAGUAGCUGCUAGUGGCACCCUAAUGAAAUAAAUGAAAAUAGUUGCAGGAUGCAGUUUAAUAAUGGUUAUUUUCCUGGAACCAUUUGCCUACCUCUAUUCCAUAAUUAUACCCAUAGAUGCUGCACUGAUGAGUCUUGAAUGAGACACCCACAUACCAAAAGGGGCUGUAUAUGACUAGUUCCACACAUGGUAAUUUGAUGGGACUGCACGGUCACAGUAGGAUCCAGAAGCAGAUAAUAAUUAGUGGCUCAGAGGAAGGAUAAACAAUUGACUUCACAUGCAGCCAUCUAUGCUGGUUCUCUUGUUUACCCGCACACAGUACAUCCUGUACCAAUUUCCAUGCACUGAAUUCCACCUCUAUGGGGCAAUGUACCAACUAUGUGUAUAGCCAGUCAUGGAAUCAUGCUGAGAGCCUACAACAUGUGGUAGGGGAACCUCCAGUCUGUGAGCAUAUUUGGGCAGGCCCAAUUUGUCCCAGAAGGCUGUUUCCCCCAGACCAUACCCAUGUCAUAUAUGAUGUCAGAUGUGGCUGUAACAGCUGCACAGCAGAGUUUCCUGUGUAAAGACUUCAAGCCUCCUUUUUGCAGGGAUUGGCUGUGUGGCUGAGCUCCUAUGGAGAACUCAACUGCACAGCUGAUUGUUAAGCAAACCUGGCUUGAAGUAAUUGUUCAUCACCUGACAGGUGGUGACUUCUAGCCUGUGAUCAGCAGUGUAGUAGGAUUUUUGCAAGGCACGGCGGAGGACUUUUUAAAGUUCUGGCAAAUCACCGAUGUCAUUGUGGCAUCAAGUGAUUUGACAGGAAGGAAAUUGUGUUCCCUACUCCAGACAUGAGUGCUCAAAAGGAAAGUGAAUGAAGCUGUUUAUGCACAUAUUGAUAUUUUCUUUUCUGAUUCAAGAAACCUUGAGGAUUUUCAUUUCUCAUUUAAUAAACUUUGAGUGUUUGAUUAAUAAAAAUGCAUGAUUUGAUUAAUCACAGUUUAAUUCAUAAAUUGCAGUGCAGACAUUACAUUCAAAUGCAUUUGAAAGUUGAAAUAGCGUAAGGGUUCGUUUAAAAGUCCAAAACUUGUUUGACCAACCUGCCUAUUUCAUUUAGAUCCCUUUCUGUUGAGAAACAAAUAUAAAUCACUUAUAUGUUGUAUUGUAUUAAAUCAAGAAAUCAAAAUGGAGAAACUUUGCUGUGGAAAUUAAAUGCUUUCCAAGAAAGACUGAAAUUCUAUGCUGUGCAAGGGUGAGGCAGGCUUGAGUAAUUUUUGAAGUCCAUGCUACAGCACCUCAGAAUGCAUCCCAGCAUCUCUUACUUAAGACAGGAUACCUUAUUGGCAAGUGAUGCUGAGUCAGUAUCAGUAACUAGAUUGUACAUUAUUUGUCUUUUCAAUUUAGAAAUGAAUUAAUAAAUCCAUUGACUGCUUUGUUUCUGCAAUUCUCAUGCUAACACAUUCUUCAUCUGUGUAACUGGCCUGGAAAGUAGAGACUGAUGAUUGCGACUCUCUAAAAUUUACAGUCUCCAAGGUAACUAGAGAAAAAUCAAGCUAGCCCUUUGGCAGUAAUGAUUUAACUUUGGGGGGAAACAAAUUGUUAGAGCAAGCCAACCUUUAAACCUUUAUAUUUAAUGGAAACAGGAUCUUGACUGUGUAGUUCUUUAAUCCAUUAAAUUUCAUUGUAAAGUUUUAAAAUCUGAAUAGUCUUUCUUUUGAGAAGACUAUUCUGUUACCUAAGGAAUACUACAUCAGCUGCCACUUCAUUAUUAAAAGUGUUUAUUGAUAAUAGGUUGCAAUUCAGAAGACAUUUACACCCAAGAAGUCCUAAGCAAUGGGGUUUUACAUUUUUGUUUCUGACAUAAGUAAAUAUGAAAUGGCAAUUGACUGGAAGAGGAAUUCUUUAAAGAAAAUCUUCUGGGGUUGCCAAGUUUUCCUGACAAGGACAUCCAUGCAGGACUGAAGUUAAUCAAUUACAGCUUUUAAGGUACAAAAAAUGCAAAACAGUAUAAAACAUAUUUGGAUUUCUGCUUUCUAUUUAGAUGCAAAGGAAUGCAAGAGUUUGUGUGGGAACGGGUUUGCAACUGCGGUUUCAUCACUGCAUGACUGCAGUGGCGUAGCGUGGGGGGUGCAGGGGAGGCCGGCCGCACCGGGUGCAACAUCUGGGGGUUAGGGUUAGGGUGCGCAAAUCCACGGGUUAGGGGGCGCAAAUCCACGGGUUAGGGGGCGCAAAUUACUUGCCUUGCCCUGGGUGCUGACAACCCACGCUACGCCACUGCAUGACUGAAGGAAAGGUGGAAAGAAACUACAGUGGUGCCCCGCAAGACGAAUGCCUCGCAAGAUGAAAAACUCGCUAGACGAAAGAGUUUUCCGUUUUUUGAGUCGUUCCGCAAGACGAAUUUCCCUAUGGGCUUGCUUCGCAAGACGAAAUGUCUUGCGAGUUCUUGCGAGUUUGUUUCCUUUUUCUUAAAGCCGCUAAGCCGUUAAUAGCCGCUAAGCUGCUAAUAGCCGCUAAGCCGCUAAUAGCCGUGCUUCGCAAGACGAAAAAACCGCAAGACGAAGAGACUCGCGGAACGGAUUAAUUUCGUCUUGCGAGGCACCACUGUAUUCUGAAAUACUUGAGAAGAAUUAUUUCAGUUAGAUUGUAUUUGCUUAUUGCAGGGCUUCCACUUUUGCAUUUUCUCAAUGAUUACUAAUGUCAUUGUUUAAUUAAAAAUAGUGUUAUUUGUUUUAGGCUGGUAGUGAUGGGGAGAGUAUUGGAAACUGUCCAUUUUCUCAGCGCCUCUUCAUGAUUCUCUGGUUAAAGGGUGUCAUAUUUAAUGUUACCACUGUGGAUUUGAAACGGUGAGUUAUAUUUCAUUUUCAUUUUUAAAAUAAAACCCGAAAGUCUUUGAAAGCCUUACAUUAGGAGCACUCAUCUCUAAUUACUCUGAGAGAUACUAAUUUAUUUAUAUUUAUUCUUUGUAUAUACGCAGUGCUUUUUCGGGGGGGGGGAUGCAGGGGUACUCAUACCCCUAAAUAUUUUGUGAAUCUAAGUUUGGACUCAUUGAGGGGCAGUAUUUCAGUAUGUGGGAAAAUGAGAGUACCCCUAAACAUUUUUUAAAGAAAAAAAGCACUGGAUAUACAAACCAUUAUAAAAUAUCAGUUUAUCAAUAUCAAUACCACUCUGUGUACUGAAAACUAAACUGAUGUAUAAAAUUGACACCAAAUUCUGUGGGUGUCCUGGAGAUUGGGGAGUUGACUUGGACAUUUUCUUUUGAUUUCCCUUCACACUGAGCUAGGAAUGUAGGGUAAGCAGUUCUGAGAAUGAAAUGUGCUGUUAGCUUUUAUUUGGCUCCCAGCAACUUUUAUUCUCAGAGUUGUGUAGCUCACAUUCACAACUCAGCUUGACUAAAGCACCUGUUCUUCUUGCAACAUUUGUUGAUGAAAAUCUUAUAAUGUUGGCUACAUCCCUUUUUUACAGAUCAAAAGUAACAAGAGCAUGAGAAAAAUAUUUAUUCCCCACUCUCAUGCUGAAUACAGUCAAAGAAAAUGGAGCAGAAAAGGCCAAUUUAAAGCAAUGGAAUUUAAGUUCUCAGUAAAUAUUACAUGCAUAUUAAAUUCAACUGAAUUUAAGCACACUUUGUUGUCUCCAGAUUGCUAAAUCUGAUUAUUCCAUCCUGCUAAACGUAUCUUUAAGUAGUAUGACAUUCAGAGCACAUAUAUACAUAUAUUCUCAGAAGUAAGCCUUGGUUAGGUCAAUGGAAAUUAUUCCUGCAUAGGAGUGCAGCCUCAGAUAACAAUAUUUUUAAUGCCAAAUCAGAUAGCUAACUUUAAAAAGCAAGGUUUAUCUAGCAGGACAGGUUUCUUCUAAAAAGAAUGUUUGUCUCAUUUUAGGAAGCCUGCAGACUUACAGAAGCUAGCUCCAGGAACAAAUCCUCCAUUUAUGACUUUUGAUGGUGAUGUGAAAAUAGAUGUGAAUAAAAUCGAGGAAUUCCUAGAAGAAAAAUUAGCACCUCCAAGGUAUUGUACUUGGCUAUGCUGGAUUCAAUGGAAGCAGAAGUUGGCUGUUGUUUUAGAUCAAUAAGUUAUAUAGACCAUGGAAUGGGAAAAAAUAAGAUAGUUAACAUAUGAUUAAGAUAUAUGAUUGUCACAGCUGAGUCUUAUUGAAAUAUGAGCCCAAUCAGUAACCUCCUAAGUAAAUUGUUGAGAAGCACUGAGUUAGGAUUAAAUUAUUAUGUCUUAAAUUCUUCAGAUAUCCCAAACUUGCACCAAAUCAUCUGGAAUCUUACUCUGCAGGAAACGAUGUGUUUGCUAAAUUUUCUGCGUUCAUUAAAAACACAAGGAAAGAUGCCAAUGAAAGUAAGUAUUUAAACCUUUGUAUUGUUACUAUGAACAAAUGCCUUUGGCUCUCUGUAUGCCUACAUUCAUUUUUGGCCAUUUGUCAAAGGUCGGUGUUUCCUGCCUUAUAUUUGUUGCUAAGCAUGUAAAUAUGUCUGAGCUGACAAUGGUGAUGGGUGCUGUGACUGUUGCUAUCAUAAUGCUACCGGUGGAUCUCUAAAUUGGGGGAAUUAGUUAUAUACACCUAUAGUUCAUAGAUGUUACCUUCUUUCCCCUCUCCUUUUUCCAGUAGUACUGCACUUUGCUAAUACUGUCAAAACAAUUCUGGAGGAAAAACAGGCAGCUUUCACUGGCAUUAUUAUAGAAAUUUAUUAGAAUAAUUAGUGUUUCAUAAGUGAUAUAUGUCAUAGUGUAAGCCAUUUUGUGCUAUCUUUUGCUGUCUAGUAUCAUUUUAGUAUAAACAGAACCGUACUGCCUCACCCGAAUAUAAGCUGUACCUUUAAAAAUCAAGGGGGGAAAGGAAAAAAAAGACAAUACUCGAAUAUAAGCCGCUCCCUUAAAAUUGGUGGCGCCCACAUGGUCUGAGCAAAAAAUUGCGGCCCUAAAGGACCCGCACGGCGCACUGGGAAAUGAUGGGGGGCUGCCGAGGGCGCCCCAACAUUCCUCCAAAGCGCCAGCCCUAUACGGUGCAGUUGGGGGAGGGUUGCCUAGGGCGGUGGCAGAGGUGGCAGCCUGUCCAGGCACCUGCAACCCGCCACCAGCUGUCCCCCCCACUGGGUGGGCACCCCCUUGCUCCCUAACAGCAGUGGGGGCUGGCCGGGCAAGAAGAGACAUUCUGCGGGGGGCGCACAGCAGAGGGGGAUUGCAUGGCACCACCACCGCAGCAGCCCCCGCCGGCACUCGCCAUCCCACUGCUCAGAGUGCUUGCCAGGGCUCCAGCAGGAGUUAAAGAGUUAAGGAGGGGUUCACUGUAUGUCUGUUUCAGAAGCGAUAUCAGGCUUUUUGUAAGGUCGCAAUUAUAAGUCGCACUUUAACUUUUCAUGGUCGGAAUGGGGGGGGGGGGGGAGUGCGGCUUCUAUUCAGGCCAAUAUGGUAAUGUUGGUAGUAUAAUAUAUAGCAAGUUUGUGAUAUUUACUACAACAUGUCUUUAUUGAGUAAGUACUGAGCCUUAUGGACUGCAAGCUUUAUUCUGAAUGGUAAAAACCACUGUUCUAGUGUUCUAGACCAGAGAUGGCUGGCCUAUGGCUCUCUAUAUGCUGGGCUGAAGCUCCCAUAAUUUCUGACCAUUGUCCAUGCUGGCUAGGGCUGAUGGGAAUUGGACUAUAGUUUUUAAACUAUAGGAGGGAUAUGGAUAGACAACUGAUUUAGACAAAACAAAAAAGUGGCUUUGUAAACAAAUGAGCUGCCGAUUUCUAUGACUGUGCAAUGAGUGAACACACAUAAUUUGUUCUGUAAAUGCAGAUAAUUUGCCUGUGAAUGCCAACUUUCCAAAAUCGUGUUGCAGUUCAUUGCCUGUUUAAAUGACAACUGUUUGCACAUAUGCAGAUACAAGGAAAUAGACCAUGUCUUCACCAUAUAUUGCAGAGUUAUAGCAAACACUUUUUCCACUGACCUAUCUCCUUGCUGCAGAUAGCCAUAUCAAAUAUGUUUUCUCCAUGUGUACCUGUAAAAGAUUAUUGCAUGUAUCCUAACUAAUGUGAGUUUUCUGUUUGUCUGUUCUAAAUGACAGUCAACAUUUCAUGACUAUCAAGCAUGAUCAAGAAACAUUUGGCUGCUUCUUGUGGGCUUUGCCCAUGAGGUGGAUUUUUUAAUGCUUCAUAUCCCAUACAAAACCCACACUUCCUUCAUGUGCUCUGUCCUUUCUACAUCUUUGUUCAGUAUCAGCCUGUUUUCUGCUUUCUCCCACUGCCUAACUCUUUCUUCUGCCACUUCCUCUCUCAACCAGAGUCAUCCCCGCCCCCCUGCUCCCACCAUAGUUUGAAUCCAAUUUGUGCUCUGAGCUUGAAUGAGUGGUUCCACAGUCUGGAUUUGAUCUCUGGUGCUUUCCCCCUCCCUUUUCAUAUAUAUGACCACACACACCACACACAUAUACGUACAUUUUUGCCAGUUUGUCCUAUUGAGGGUGGAGGUAGGUUGAACAUUUGAGUUCAUUGUCUCUCUAUAUUUUUUCUAUUUCUCCAAAUCUUGAGGUCCUCCUGAACAUGUGGCUACUUCCCUCUUCUUCCUGGUGGGUAUUGUUUGGGCCACAUACCAAUCAUCACAGAUUUCCAAACUCUGCUAGGAAUUCUAUUCUAUUCUUAUUUGAUUCUAGAUUUGGAAAAAUCAUUGCUGAAGGCUUUGAGGAAACUGAAUAAUUACUUAAAUGCCCCCUUGCCUGAAGAAAUCGAUGCCUAUAGUACUGAAGAACUCACUGUUUCCACAAGGAAAUUCCUAGAUGGAGAUGAACUCACGCUAGCAGACUGCAAUCUCCUGCCAAAACUACAUAUCAUCAAGGUCUGGAUUUUCCUUUCUGUACUGUGCUUGUUUACCCUUGAACCAGAAGGCAAUAAAAUGUAUGGAAUAAGGUAUCAAAGUCCUUAACACCAAUGACAGCAACACAAUAUUUCGAAUGGACUGUUCAGUAAAUUAAUUUGUUCACACUCCCACAAGGAUUUGAAGAUCUAUGUGAAAAGGUCCAUCUUAAACAAUCUAGAUAACUAAUAUAGAGAAGAUGUCUAAUGUAUCCCCAGAGGUAGGAAGUUUCACAAUGAAGAAGGGGCUUGCAUGGGUUGCUAUCCUGAACACUGGUCAGGCUCCCUCGGCCUGAAAAGCGAGAUGAGUGCCGCAUCCCAUAGUUGCCUUUGACGGGACUUAACCAUCCAGGGGUCCUUUGCCUUUACCUUACCUUUGCGAGGAGGGCCCCCUCUACAAUCUUUGUUGCUGUGCUGACACAUAACGGGAAGCUUGCUCAAACAGGUACUUGGUUCCCAAGCCAUUUAGACCUUUUAAGCCAACAUCAAUACCUUGGAGUAGGCUAUAAGCUUAUAGGCAGCCAGAGUAGAUCUUGAAGUGAAUGCGACUUCUGUUUUAUGACCUGCAGAAUCAGAAUAGCAGUAUUCUGCAUCAACUGGAGCCUCUGAGCAAUCUUCAAAGGCAUCUUCAUAUAGAGUGUAAUCUAACUGUUACCACGUGUAUGAUGAUUUCCUUUUCUCUCUGUUAGGUUGUGGCAAAGAAAUACAGAAAUUUUGAAUUUCCAUCUGAAAUGACUGGAAUCUGGAGAUAUUUGAACAAUGCAUAUGCAAGAGACGAGUUCACAAAUACUUGUCCUGCAGAUCGGGAAAUAGAGUUCGCCUAUUUGGAUGUUGCAAAAAGAAUGAAAUAAAUCAAGAAUCUUCUAUUUCUAUAUAUCUUCAGUGAGCUUGAUUUUUUAAAAGAAGGAAAACCUCAAGAAUAAAAUGAAGAGUCUGCUCUGCUGCAAAGUUUCAAGUUAUGAAACUGGCCAAUCCUUGUGAAAUAAUUAUUUUAUUGAUCUGCUGAUUCAAGUAUAGUAUAAUUGUAUAUUUGUCGCAUUGCAGAUAUGCGCAUACGCACAUGCAAAUAUAUGUAUUAUUUUUUGGCAAUAGAACAAAACUCAAAACAUUUGCAGCAAUAUUAGAAUCUAGAUUAGAUAGUAAUUGCAGCUUUAAAAUUUCUAAACAAUAGUUAAAGGUAUUUCUGUAAGCAUUGAUCACCGUAUCAGGACAGAGAGAAUGAGAUAAAGUCCGUUUUUUGUUGGUCAAUGGGAGAACACCUAUGGAUUUUAAGAAAUGUGGAUUGUACUGUUUUGAGGGGCAGUCACCUCAGGGGAAUUUAACAGUGUAUCUAGUCUACUAUGUGCCAUUUCUUGUAUCUCCGCCCUUAAACCAUGGGCUUGUAUCAUACGCUUCUAGACCCCCUUCAACAUUAUGGCCAGCAUGCUGCAGAUGACUUGUUUACAUGUUGUGUGGCUUACAGCCCUAAGCUUUGUUGCAUCAGCUUCUUACUACUUAGGCUGGGACAUAUGUACAAACGAACAAUGGCACUGCAAUGUCAGAAAGCAUUCCAUUGUAGCAACAUUACAAUAUCUAAAAACAGCUAUGCCAUAGCUCAAAGCUAUCCAUGAGCCAAGACUGACCUUAAAGCUCUUACCAUCUAAUUUCAGGUGCUGUGUGUGGUGAUGGUCAUUUAUUGGUGAAAGGAAGUCAGACUGGAUACUCAGAAGGGCUUAUCACAGGUUCCCUGUGAUACCCUGAACAGAUUCAGGAGCCUUAAGCCCUUUCUCUAUGUCUACCACACAAGUUGCUGAUCUCCCACCUCUGAUUUCUGCUUCUCACAGAUGUCAGUGUCACAAUUUUUAUUUUAUUUCUAAGCUAUUGCCAAAUAUAUUCAGCAACUGAAGUAUUUUUAAAGCAGAAAUCGGUUCAUUCUGCCUCACAAGAUCCAUGUGACAAAAACACAACACAACAUGUGUACAAACUGUACUCACCUGUGUAAAUAAUAGAAAGUAACAGAUUAUAUCAUAUGAAUACAAAUAAAAGGGCUGGGUCAAAUUUUGUUAAAAAAAUACAUUCCAUCUUCCUGAAGCUCCACCUCUCAGCUACAAAGCUGUGGGCAAAUUCUGUGUGCUGUACCAGAUUUGCCUCUGCAGGGACUGUGCAAUUCAUAGCUGUUAUCCCAUCCUGCUGCUCCAAGGUUUGAACUGUUCAAGCUUACUUGAAGUUAAUGAGGCCUUUCCUUAGUAAGGCACUCUGAAAACCAGAGGUUAAGGGCUUAUUAAGAAGUGCAUGGACGUUGCUUGAUUAAUCAACACUUGAAAAUUUAAAACCCAGUUUGUGAACUGAAUGCAUUAAAAAAAUAUCUCUUGUCUUCAGAUGACGUGGAACUUCCAUCAUGGUGUUGCUCUAAGAUGGCUCAAUAGCACAUGCUGCAGUCAUCAAGUGAUGAACAGGCAUGGGUAAACCUGGCCUAAAUGAAAACAUUUCCUCAUGCUAUUGAAAUGGGGCCUCUUCCUACUCACCCCAUUGUUUUAUAAAAUUCACAAAUGCUGUGCAAUUUUGAGGAAGAGGAGGUCCCUUUAUCCUUGUUUUUGGAACAGGAUUCAUUUGGACGACUUUGAAAAAUAACACGUUUUAUUACUGUGAUGUUUCUGAAAGUUCAUGUUCAAAGUGUAAAGGAACAAAAGAGCCACAACAGCAGACAAAACCUACUGGAUUAUACUGUGGCUACUAGGAAUUCUCUCCACUAAGUGUAGCAUCUAUCAGUUCCUCUGUAUAGUUGUCCCCAUACAAGAUUGAUUAAAAUGUAUAUUUGAUAAGCUGAACUUUUUUUAGAAUAGGAAAAUAUUUCAUCUCAAGAAGAUGACUACUUUUCUUACCAAUUUUACAACAGUGUGGAUUUUCUAUUUUAAAGAUAUAUUACUUCUGUACUGUAUAAUCAUGAAAAUGUACUUUAUGUAGCAUGCUUCACAUUCUUUGUGAUUAAUGUAAACAGUGCUAAAUCCUGCAAUUUUUUCCAAUCUAUAGAGUGAACCUGUUUAAAACGUAAACUAUUUUACAAUACCAAGAUUAAAUGCUGAGUUUGACUUUUUAGUAUGCAUGAAAGAAAUAUUUCUGUUCCCCCCUCAUCUUCAGACGUCUAUAUAAUUUAAACCGCACAAAAAAUCAUUGUAGUUGUUUACUAUGCCUUACAAACCUGAAAAGAAAAUACACCAAUUCUGACUUAAA